ACCACGAAUUAUUUAAUGUUUCUUUUAUAAAUUUCAAUAUUUUUACAUACAUACAUAUAUUUGAAACAAGCUAACAAAUUAAGAAAAACAAAACAAGAAAUGUUUAAAUCAUCACAGGAAAUACGUUUAAAUACAUCGAAUGCCACUCAAUAUAAUCGUACAAAUCAGAAUGAUAGUGAAAAUAAUGUUUGUAUUUUUGGAAAAUACCUAAAAACACCAGACACUGAUAAAUAUUCUACUCAGCCACCUCAAGUCUUUAUAGCGCCAGAACUAACUGAUCCCAAUAAAGUACAACUUUUACAUUUUCCCAACGGAGCAUUACGCAUUAACACAGAUGUGAACUUUAUCAUCAAGAGAAAUGGGGUUAAAGGCAAUUUUGAAGUUAAGCUGGAAAAUCCUUCCGGUCAUACAUCGUAUGUACCUUUGAAAAUCGUUGAUCCCGAAAGAUUUGAGGUUAGUUUUCAAUUAACUGAAGCUGGUCUAUAUAAAGUGCAUAUCAAAUGUAAUUCAGUUCUACUUCCCAAGUCACCAUACAUAAUUGUGGCUAUAAGUGGUAAUGAUUUGGAGAGUGAUAAAAGUAAAAUGGAGUUGCCAAAUUUUAAAUCGGAUGCUUCGAAAGUUGCCUACCGUGGCCUCGGUCUCAGUCAAAUAAUUUUAAAUGAGAAAAAUGAAUUUACUAUUGAUGGUUCGGAGGCUGGAAAUAAUAUACUAUUUGUGGGUAUAUUUGGUCCUAAGGGACAGUGUGAUGAAGUGGUCAUUAAACACAUGGGUAAAAAUGUGUACAAAGUAACGUAUCAAGUUCAAGAUCCUGGAGAUUAUCUAUUGGCUGCCAAAUGGGGUGAUGAUCAUAUAACUGGAUCACCGUUUUCUUUAACUACCCUGUAAUGUUUAAUGUUAAAUCAAUCAUAAUACAUAGUUUUAAAUAUACAUAUUAUUAAAUACAUAGUUGUAGAAAAAGUUGAAAAAACUGAUAAAACAAAUUAUUAAGUCCAUUAUCAAUA